AUGCGGCCCAAGGACCCAAUACCCGUUAACCAAAAGUCCGGUAUCAUUUACCGCAUUGACUGUCUUUGUGUUCAAGCCAAUUACGUUGGUGAAAUAGGUAAACGGGUUCUCAAGAGAAUGCACCAGCAUGAACUCGCCGUGCGACGGAAGUACAAGCAUGCCGCCCACGCAUCCACGCCAGGGCACAGCAUCGACUUCGAACGCGUGCGAAUACUGGGCUGGUCAGACGACCAAACUUCACGCCAGCUGCAGGAAGCAUGGCAUUCACGCGCGGACUCAAUUAACAGACAUAUCGAGCUUCCUGAUGCCUACCUUGCGUUGCGCGAGCAGAUCGAGGGCAGAAGUCAAUUCCAGCAGAACCGAGUUAAAUACACUGUGAGCUGUACGUUUUUCAUUCUUUGA